CAGUGCGGCGGUGGGCGGGGUCAUGCGCGGCCCCGCCCCCGGGCCGGGGGUCCUGAGCCCCCUGCUCCCCUCCAGGUGGGCGACGCCGGCCUGGGCGGCCUCAUCCUGCUGCUGCUGACGGCCCGGCCCGGCCCGGGCGAUGGGGCUGCCCGCGGGGACCCCCCCGAGCCCGGCGGGUCGCGGGGGCCGCUGGCACGCUCCCUGCAGCGGGCAGAGGCCAUGCUGCGCAGCGUCACCCCGGGGCUGCGCCGCCUGCUGUCCCCACGGCCGAGCCGGCGCGGCGACACCGACGACGACGACGACGACGAGGACGAAGCGGCGUCCAUCGUGGUGCCGCUGGAGCAAAGCUUCCCGGCGCUGCGCCGCUGCCUGUGCGUCUGGGAGGACCCCCGCACCGAGACCUUCCUGGGGUACGUGCGGCCCCACCCCGGCGGCGCCGGCGACUUCUCGGCGGACGCGGCGCGGCGGCGCGUGGCGGCGAGCCGCGCGCCUGGCCGGCCGCCGCCUCGAGGGACGCCUGCGGGAGCUCGGCCGCCGCGGCGGGCCUGCCCCGGCCUCUGAGCGCCUGGCUGACCUCUUCCAGGGGCUGGAGAUCUACAACGGCGUGGUGCGGGGGCUGGCGGAGGAGCUGGGCCCCGAGGCGGAGGCCCCCGGCGCCUUCACGGUGGGCGGGGUGCUGCGGCUGCUGGCGGCCGAGCGGGGCCGGGCCGUGGCCCGGAGGCUCCGGCCGCUCCUGUGGCCGCAGAGUGGGGACAUCAGGGAUGGACGCGUCUGCUGGGAGGACGUGGUGCUGCCGUGGCCGCCGCGGCACGACGCGGCUGAGAGGGGCACGGGGGUGGGCACAGAACCUUCCGGAACAGAGGUGCCACCGGCGCUGGCGGCUGAGCUGCAGGCGCUGUGCCAGGAGGACGAGGAGCUGAUGGGACAGGUUUUUGGGGCGCUGGUGGCCUCAGCUGACAGCCUGUGGCAGCCGGUGCUGUCCGAGAGCCCCGAGGCGCCGGGGCUGCGGCCGGGCAGCGCCGGCGGCUGGAAGGCCGUGCGGUGGCUGGAUGCCGCCCGCGGCCCCGUGGCUGCUACCCUGAGCGCCCGCUACCGCCUGCUGCUCUGGGAAGCUGUGGGUGCCGCGCUGGGGGACAGCCCGGGCACCCCCCCUGCCACCCCCAGCGCCACCGUCAGCGCGGCGUGGGAGCUGAGCCGCGCGCUCGCCGUGGUCCGUGUGCCCGCUGAGUGCCGCGAGGAGCUGGGGCAGCUCUGCCUGCAGCUGCUGUGCCGGAGCGUGCUCUGCAGCUGGGACACGGAUUUCACCCGUGCUCUGGGCUCAGGGCUGUCAGACAAGUGCUUGGAGACCCCGGGGGGGUCCCCGGGGCCGGGGUGCAGCCGCACAGCCCAGCAGCUCCGGUGCCUCUUCCCGGCCCUGGCGCUGGCCCUGCGCUGCCUGCGCCUGCUGCCCGCCCGCCCGCACGCCCCCCCCGGGGGUCUGUGCCUGCGGCUGCAGGUGCUGGGCCGCUGCCUGGCGGUGGUGGCGGCCGCCCACGCGUGGCUGACGGGCCGGGCCGGGCGGUACCUGGCGGCCUGGGCGCUGCCUCAGUUCCUGCUGCUCACCCAGGGAGACCUGCAGGUGCUGAAGGCAGAGGCAGAGCAGCUGGUGCUGCAGGCGAGCAGGACCUUCCCGGAGCCAGGGGACAUCCCUGGGGACAGCCCCCCUGAGCCGCUCCCCAGCCCCCCGGGAUCCCCGUGGGAGCUCCAGCUGUGCCGGCAGAUCCGCGACGUGGCCAACAGCAUCCAGCUCUUCUCCGGGGACGUGGUCUGGAUGUUCUCCACCAGCUGCAAGCGGCUCUCAGCUGAGAUCUUUGACCAGACGAUGCCCCUGGGCCGGCACUGGCGGCUCGGGCCCCGCGCUGAGCUGCCCAGCUCCCCCAGCGCCUACGCGGCGGCCGCGGUGCAGGCGGUGCUGGGGCAGGUGCUGCAGGGGGCCCAGGCCCUGCCCCACGAUGCCCAGGUGCCCACCCUGGCACGGGUCACCACGGCCUUCCUGGAGGCCUGGAUGGAUCACAUCCUGACCCGCCGCAUCAAGUUCAGCGCCAGCAUCUCGGUGGUGGCCACGGCGUGGUGGCAGUGCCAGGAUCUCAGUGGUGGCAGUGCCAGGAUCUUGGUGGUGGCCACAGCGUGGUGGCAGUGCCAGGACCUCAGUGGUGGCCACAGCGUGGUGGAAGCGCCAGGGUCUCGGUGGCCACGGCGUGGUGGCAGUGCCAGGGGCUCCUGCCGGGGGUGUGUGCCCACGCUGUCCCCGUGCCAGCCUGCAGGGUGCCCUGCAGCUGCGGCGGGACUUCGAGGCGGCGCGGGAGCUGGUGUGCUCCGAGAGCUCCGGGCUGGCCCCCGAGGCACGGCGGGCCCUGCGCGCGCUCUGCGUCUUCCGGCACACGGACACGGCCGUGCGGUGCCUGCUGCAGCAGCCGGGGGGGCCGGGGACAGCCCCCCGGGCAUGGGGCAGCCUCCGGCGCUGCUGCUCAGACGAAGGCGCCCACCCCCUGGAAGCAUCCAUGGAGCCUGUCCCUGGCCUGGACCCUCUGGAGGGGCCGGGCCCGCUGCCGGGGACGCCCCCGCUGGCUGCGGAGGCCGAUGGCCCGGCCCGGCCCGAGUCCCCGUUCCCGGGCGGCCAGCAGCAGUGGCUGUCCCUGCGGCUGCACCGAGCCCGCCGCUGGCGCGUGCCGGGGCUGCCGUGCGUCGGGAACAGCCCCGAGGGCUGACCCCCAAUAAACCUGCAAACACCACGGCCCUGCCCGUGUCUGUGGGGUGUUGGGGUCUGCCAUCCCUGGGGGUGAUCCUGGCAUUCCAGCUGGGACAGGAUCGAAUUGGAACUUCUGUGGGGAGACUGGUGGGGCUUGCAGGUCCUGGGGGUGCAGGGUGGGAUUCCCUUGGGGGUCCUGGGGACACUGUGGGUGCACGGCUGGCGUUCCAGGGUGCUCCUAGGGAAGGCUGCGGGCCCUUUGGGUAUCCCCGGAGAGGCUGGGGAGAUCAGCGGGCAUAAGGAGGAGCGUGGACCGUGUGGCAGUGCUGGCCGGGGACACCCGGCGGUGUCGCUGUCCCCUCGGGGCCGGUUUGGGCCGGGGGUCCCUGGAGGACUGAACCCGCGCGCGUUCCUCCCGCCCGCCAGGGGGCGCGCGCGGCCCCGGCCCCGCCG